AUGGGUCAGAACAUUAGAGCGCGCCCCGCACAUGCUCAGUGGCCGCCCGCCGCCGCGUUGAGGCCGUGCGCGCGGAGUGAGUCAGAUCAGUGCGUCCGCUCAUAUCCGCCGCCAUGCGUGAAUGUUCCCACUUCUCACUCCUGUCUCCUCUCAUCAAUUAUUGACGGCGCACAACAGCUCACGGCUAGGUUCACCACGGCCGGGAUCAGUACGGACGCCGAGAGGAUGGAGGAGCGGGUCGGAAGAGGCGGCCCGCCCCCACCUCUCCUCUCCUCUCCUCUCUUCUCUUCUCUGCACCCACCCCCAAUUUUCUUCCUGUCCUCACAUUAUCUCCCCCUCAGAAACGCAAACACAGGGAACCCCUCCGCCCCGGAGGGCCCAGAGGACAACGCCAUACCGGAGUCCAGUCCCAGCCCGCCCGACCAGGGUCAGAUCGGACCCGUGUUGCCAGGAAACUCCGGUGAGCCCACCGAGGGGAGCGGGUUUAACCGGGCUUUUUUCUAG